AUGUAUACACCAAAUACGAAAUGGACGUGGGCAUUUAUGCUUACGACCAUCAUCCAGACGAUAGUAGUUUUGGCAAUUGAAGCAUAUAUCUUUGCCAAAUUCCAAAUAAGUCUGAAGCCUAAGCCAGCCACAGCACAAUCCAAGACGAUCCCGACAUACCUGACACUCUUUAUUUUCGGUUUCUUAUACGAACUUGUGUUGGUUUGGGAUUCAUUGCGACUGAAAAACACCAUCCAAGUCAUCGGAUUAUGCAUAUACAACAUUGGUAUGCUCAUCUACGCCUCGAUUCAAUUUGACCAGGUCGAUCGAGCUAUCAGCGCGCUCAAGAAAGUGGACUACAUCGAUGCCAGUGAUCCAUUAUGGCACGAUCUGAGACCUUAUCUUUUGUCGGUGCCUAUUAUCAUUGGCUUUUUCACGGUUGUAAUGUCUUUCGUGGCCUGGAAAUUGUACGAUGAGUUUGCUUGGACGAUCUACAAGCACAUUAGUGCUGAUCUCCGAAUGAAGCGUAGAUUCUUAACUUUCCAGAUCUACAUUGCCUUACUAAAAUUCGAUUUCUUCUUCUUCCUCGGGUUCACUGUCCAAUUCUUAGUCAUCGUGACUGGGAAAACCGAUGCAGAGCUUGGUCUUACCAUUGCUGCGAUUCCUAUCACCAUCGGUAUCCUCUUCAUGGCCGCCUUCUGGACUCGACGAGAAAAUAAGUUCGGAAUGAUUUUCACAAUCCUUCUCUUCAUCUGCGGAUUGGCCUAUUUCAUCUUCAAACUCGCUCGUAUGUACUCGGCGAGCCACAGAGAUUUCUACAUCACUGUCCGAAAGAAUCUUACCAGUUUUGCGUGUAUCACAAUCCUCCUGAUCGUCCUUACAAUCGCCAACGCCAUUGCUUGUAUGUUAAAUUUCAACAAGGGAUUGAAAGUACAUCUUGUGAAGCGCGCAAUUGGCGAUGAUGACCAGGAGAAAUUGGGAUCAGGAAUGGAUCACCACAUGACACCGUUACCAAACCUCAAUGCAGGUCAUGUACCAGUAUCGAGCCGAAUGACAAUCGAUUAA